AUGGCGGACCAGAAGCCCAUCUUGAUCUCAGGAGCCGGCUUGAGCGGACUGCUACUUGCACAUUCGUUGAAAUCUAAGAACAUCCCAUUUCUCAUCUUCGAGAGAGACGAAAGCAUUGCCGCCAGAGCUCAAGGUUACCGCUUAAGGAUCUCGAGUGACGGCAUCAACGCCCUGAAAGAAGUCCUGACCGAGGCAGAAUACAACCAUCUUCAACAGGGCACUUCUCAGACAGGUGGAGGAGGUAUCCACAACCUGGACGCUGUCUCCGGCGAGCCGGCCCCUUCAAAACCCGGCGAAGGCGGAGGAAAAGGUCCCGGACUCGGAGGAGACGUUCUAGGCGUCUCGAGAGGCUGGUUACGGCAAUGCCUGUUCGAGGGCCAGGAAGACGCUAUACAAUGGGACAAGAAGGCUGUCGGGUACUCAGUGUCAAAUUCUGGCGUCAAACUGAAGUUUGCCGAUGGCUCCGAAUCUUCCGAAGGCUCCUUGUUAAUAGGGGCGGAUGGUCCCCAGUCUGCCAUCACCAAGCAGCUCACCGACGGAAAGGUGCGCGCGUAUGACACUGGGGCACGUAUGAUCCACGGACAGACUCCCGCAAGGGCGUACAGGGGGCUAGGAGACGGGGACGGCGGCACACUUGGAUUGAUCACGAAUGUACGGCCUGGAUCGCUCGAAGACGGAGACGUCGAGCUUGGCUGGGUUUUCGUUGGUAGCCCAGGGGCUUUCGCUCUGCCUGAAGACCAGCUCUAUGGAGUUGGCAAAGUUGCUGCGGAUCUCUCGCGCAGACUGACGGCGAACUGGCAUGAAAAGUUUCACCCAAUCUUUGAACAGCAGAACGACGCCGAAGCUGCCUUCCUUAAGAUGUGGACAGCACAUCCUGAUGGUAUUCCGGAGUGGAGCAACGACCCGAGAGUCACCAUAAUGGGAGACAGUUGCCACACUACCACCCCGGCUGGAGGUGUAGGCGCAAACAUAGCCCUCAGGGACGCCGCGUUCAUCGGUCGUCUCCUAGGCCAGGCCGGCGGAUGGCGUGAGGGACUGACUUCGGAGUACGAGAAAGAGAUGCGAGUUUAUGCUUCCGAGAAUGUCAAGAUGAGCUUCGAAACUGCGUCUCAGCGCUUCAAUAUCACCGAUCUGAAAUAG